AUGUUCAUCCGCCGAUUUUUGCGACGAGGUUCCGACGAAGAACCGCUUAUUCAAAUCGCUGUUGUUGAGAGCAAGAAAAUGAAGGAUAAAGGAAAGAAGCAUCGGAAAUUGAGACGAUUUGUGGCGGCGUUGAGGAUUGUUGUGAGUUUUUGAUCUGCACAGCUGGAUAGUAUUUGUCUAGCGGCUGAAAAUAGAGUUUGAACUUGAACUCGCUUGUAGUUUGAAUUCUCGAAAUUCUUUUAUAUUUUGAAUCUUUGAGAUUUUCUGCAUGAAAUCAUUUUCAUGAAACACGCGAUUUGAUAUCAUUUUCACAUUCGUUUAUGAGAAGUUAGGGGAUUUUUACGUUAGGAAUACUGUAUCUGAAAGACACAGCUCGGUCGACCAAAGGAAUUUCUAGAGAUCACAAAAAUUCUAUCUAUCCAACAUUGUAACUUCUGGAGAGCACAGUUCUAGUGGAGCCGCUUCUCUAAAGCAAAAAUUUAAAAUUUAGCCGAUAAAUCUGAAAUAUUUUGAAAAAUGAGAUGUUUUCCACAUACACACCGAUUUCAAUUCGGAGAUCUUAUCCAAGUUCAGAAACUCGUCUUUUUAUUUAGCGCAUUUGAGAAAACUUAAAUGUGGAGUGUGAGAAAAAUAAGUUUUGCUCAUUUGAAGGGAUUUUUUCUCGAAGCUUCUCAGACAUAAGUUUAAAAAAUUCAAAGUUAGAAAAAACAGUGAAACACCGUGUAAAAUGGCUCAAAAGUCCAGAUCACCAUGUUUCCCUAAUAUUUUGUUUCGGAAUCCCCCGAUCCUUGUUAGAAAAUUUUUCCAACCACUAUUGUCUAGUCUAGGAUUAGACUAGACUAGAAACCACAUUUUAGUGAAUCUGAAUUCUUUUCUCGGAAACCAUCUGCUUCUAGUGUCUGUAGGCACUUCUACAUAGCUAUGUAGUCAUCAACUUGUUAUCACAUCAUCCCAUUCCUUUUCGUGUUUUUCUGUCCCCAUAUUCAAAUAGAUUGCGAAAAAUGGAGUCGAAACAUAUAUACUUUGCCCAAUCUUCGAGCAACUACUCAGAAUCGAGUUACGUGAGAAACAUAAAUGCAAAUGACUCAUUUUGAAACAUACAUUAAUAUCUAUCCUUGCGCUCACUCACUCACCCCAAUCUCUAAUUCGAGCUCUCUCCCUUCUUUUUCUAGGCUAGCUCCUCAAAAAAUGUUGCGAUAUUUUCCAUAUUUAGAUGUUGAUAGAGAGGAAAAAAGCGAGACGCUGAAAAUAUUGCAACAUCUAGUGUCUAAUUCUCUGUGUGCAGUGACUCAUUUUCGUUUCAUCGUGCUGAAAUUCAGCUCCUUCGUGCCAGGCUCGACAUGGAUGCACAACAAGUAGCCGGUCUCUGGCUUCCUCACACACACACUCUCUUCUCAGUUUUAUUUUGAUUAGAGCAGAGUGAAGAGAUUUCGAGAGAAAGCAGCAAAGGUUGACCACGCCUCUACGGAAAUGAGGGAGGAGGAUUGUGUACAUGAGUCAUUAGUUUGUGUUGUGACUGAACUUGAUUAUUAUUAUUAUCUUUUUUUUAUUAUUAAUUGUGUUGAUCAACAAACAACAACAAGAAUGAAACCAGCUUGUCCGAUGCCUCCAGAGUUGACAGAUCCGAUUGGAGAAGAGCCAAUCAUGAAAGUUAUGUAUUUUGAACAUCGGAAGAAGCCAGUUCCAUCAAAAGAAGUUUUGAUAAUGUUGGAGAAACAAAUGAAAGCUGUGAGAAUUUCGAAGAAAGAUGAGGCGAGACGAUUCUCGUAUUCCAAUUUUGGCGAGAAACAAGUUGCCACCAAGAAACGAUCAAGAACCUGCAAAAUCAAGGACAAAGUCUACGAUUCUUGCUUUGUAGGUUUCAGUGUUGUCUUGUAAUAUGAUCGAAAUUCUGAAUCUGGUAGAUCUUUCUCGAAUUCUGCUAAUAUUUUCUCUUGAAUCUCUAUUUAUGUGGCACCUGAAAGAAAAUUUGUUUGAAUUUUUUUGUUUUUGAAAAUAAUGACUCUGGGUACCGUAGGCACUGAAAAUUCAUAAAGUUCCUGGGAUUACUGUAACUCGUCGAUUUUUUGGUUAAACCUGAAUUUUGAGUUCUUGCAAGGCCUUCAUUCUUGUGAAUUGUGAAUACCGUAUUCGAACUCUGAAAUUCUUUCCAAAAAUGUUUGUUCUUCAGUUUUCUCAAAAACUCAUCUCUCCAAUUAGAGCCAAAACUCGAUGCCAACUCUACUCGAAAGAGAUUAGUUGACGACAUAAUUUUCACGUUUCGCUGAUUUUUGAUCAUUGGAAUAUCUGUAGUCUUUGAACGAUGUUUGAUAGACUCUCUCUUAGAUGUCUGGAUGUUUCUUCCACGUUUCUCCGUGUGCUUUGCUCUUGUUCAAAUUUUAAUCCAUCGUGUACAUUCAUCUCAGUAUCAGUUUUUUAGCCGAAAUCGGAUUUGUGAAGCAUAAAAAAUCGCACUAGACUGAUCUAUUCCCAGAAUACAUUUGAUAAUUCAAAACUUUGUGAUUCAUCUAUUUUUUUGUCAUUUUCUCAGCAUAAUAAAAGUUAGUCAUUGUAAUGGAUUCCAGGAAAAGGAAAAGCACAAAAAAUAUAUUUUGGGAAAUUUAUCGCGUGUCAACUUUUUGGUUGUUUACCACAAGCAUUUCACUUCCCUAUUUUCUUGCAAAGAUGUGUGUGUUUUUCUGUCCAGAAAUCUCUUGAUUGAAAAAAGAUCAAACAUUUCGACUACCGUAUACCCACGCCAUUUCAUUUUAUUUCAUUUCCUAAUGGAUUUGAGGAGGAAAACCAUUUUUUUUUCUUGAGUUUUACGACCGAGAAUGGGGCGGAAAUGAAAUCAGGUUCUUAUUUAUUUAUUUUUCUGAAUAUGUGAAGGGAAUGAAGUAAAGAACUAGUUGUUGAUGUAAUUAGUUAGUUAUAAGGGGAAAUGAAAAGAAUAUUAUGAGCAAUGAUCGCUUUUUCUAUUCAUUAUCUGAAUUCAUUUGGCAUCAGUAAAUAUAUAUCUGUCAGAUUACUAUAGUAAUACCAUUUUAUUGCUCUUCUCUCACCUCGAUCUCUUUCAUAAAUCAUUCGGAAAAGAGCAUUAGAGUCGUCAUUUCCUGGGAAAAUGAAAAGAUGUUGGGGAAGAGGAAGGAAAUCGGAAAUUGUUGCGAUAUUCUUGAAAUAGAUACUAAUAUGUAUACUAAUAUGUAUAUUGUUGAAACCAAUGAAUCAGAGGUUUCUGGAAGGAAUCAGAGGUUUCUGGAAAAGGAGAUCAGGGUUGAGGAAUCUGGCCUCAUGUUGGCCUCUUUGGGCCAUAUUCAAGCCAUGUUAGCUAGGGCCGGGCAGCAUGAGGCCAGGACAAUUUACCCACGUCUGCAGGAGAUACUGUGAAAUCAGGUGGAGGAAUUUUGAUUGAUUCAUCAGCCUAAAACUAUUUAUAGGAUUAUAUAUUUGCAUGUUUUCUGCAGUUGUAACGGAAGUUGUUGGAUCUUUGGAAUUAUUUGUUUUUUAAAGAUCUAGAGAAGCUGGAAAGUUUGGGGAUUUCACCACGUCAUGGUUCAAAACAUAACUUUUCGGAUAAGCUAUGGGUUUAUCAGAUGACGAAGUUUUUAUGCUGAAAAUAAGUUGACCGAUGUUUGAAGUGAUAUUGAGAACUUCAUCCUGAGAAUACGAAAUAUCAAUUGCCACGUCAUAGCUCACGAAAUAUGGCUUCUCAGAGAAAAUUUUGCCCCGGGGCUGCCCGUAGGAAUUUUGUUUGCCCCUAUUUUCGGGGUGUUGCCCUUCGGACCAGCACGAAGGGCAAAUUUUCUAAUGGGAAAAAUAAUUUGAAGGAUAUUUUUUGAGCACGUGACCUAGUUUUGUGACCUAGUUACGUUUUCGAUCACAAAAAAUAAUGAAUUUCUUUCAUUUCACUUAUUUCGGUAUUCAAGAAAAUAGUGGGGAACUCAAUUCCGAUUUAUUAUAUUUUAUAUGUCCCAAAAAAUUGCAAGGUGAAAAGCAGGAACAGGAAAUCAAGGAAUUUUUUCUAUGAGUAUUUCUAUUUGGAAUAUUUGUGAAUUUGGAAAAUUGUGUCAUCUCACGCUGCCCAAGUCCGAAAUUGCAGAAGUCAGAGAAUGUGCUCAUUAGAAAAGUAUUAUUCGAUGUUCCGACUGUUAUUUCGAGAAUGUAUAGCAGGGCCGAAAUUCCGAAAACUAUGAAUGAGAAUUCUGAGAAGCUUCAUUUUUAUAAAAUAAAAGUUUUCUCUUUGAAAUAUGUUUUGAUUUCGAUUAAUUUUGAUCAAAUAGAUAAACUAGAUUUCCGAAGGUAAUCACCAUUGUGAAUGAUUUCCUGGCGCAAGAUUUUUUGAAUUUUGCCAUGGCGAAAAUUAAAAAUUAAAACAGAAAUGAUUUUUUCCACGUCAAAAUUUUUAAAAUUUAAAAACGUCAUACCCUAGUUUUUCUUAAUUGCCCCUAGGCCGCCCCUUGAAUGCACCAGUGUUGCCCUUAGGACCAGCCCUCGGGGCACUCCAAGGGGCUGCCCAUGGACCACCUUUUCUCUGAGUUCAUAUGAUGGUUCUUUUUUCAUUUGUUCCCACCUUCACACCUUAUUGUUGUUUUUUCUCCAUCUAACUUCCCAUUUUGACCAAACCUAUCACUUUCAUGUCAACUUCAUCUUCUUAUAUUCUAUCAUCGUCCAUAAGGUGUAAACAAGGUGCGAAAUCUAGGUGCCAGGUGCUCUUCAUCAUCCUUUCUUACGCCAUCAUACAUGAUUUCCCUAAAGUACGUGUCAAAAGAAAAUGUGGGCGGAGCGUUGGAAAUGUGUUACUGUUUGAUGCAGCAGCAGUUGCCUGUCUCAUUCAGUUGUACUGUUUACUUACUUGUGCAUCACCUCUUGCUCUUUCUCCUGCUCUCUUUUUACCAUAAAAAGCUACAAACUUGUCGAAUUGCGCAAUUAUGUUAUUAAUCCGGCAACAAGGGGUAUGUUUGUUUUAGUUUUUGAAUUUUUAUGAAUUUUUUUGCAUGAGAAAAAAAUAAGUUAGGCUAUAUCUCACUAAUUACAUGUAUAGUUUUAUGAGUCAGUGAGGCACAAGAUAUAAGGGUUUUUGAAUUUUCACAAUCUUAUCCCCAUAAUUACAUCGUUUCCCACAUUUGUCUUCUGCGAACAGAUAAGAGUAAUUAUUAUUGCACAGCGGGUUACUAAUUUCACAACUUUUAUGGACACCAGAUUGGGAAAAAUAACAAGUUUUACCUAAUUGCUAUCCCAAUUGUUUCGAUUGCGCAUCCUUUUAUGUUGGCUAACUUUUGAACCUUGGAUGCAUUAGAGACAAUGCUCUUUUACAUCUUCUGUCGCAUACAAGAGAUAAUCCAAGGUGUAAAUGGCGUAAUUCUAUCCAUUGUAUUUGAAAAUUUUUCGGAGAGGCAGGUGUACAUUGUGCAAUUCAUGUAUAGAGCGAAAUUAUAGGAUAGGUGGAAUUGGAUGGGUAUUUAAUAGAUGUUUUGAUGUGGAUAUGGGGAAAAUGAUGAGAGGGGUUUGGUAGAAAAAUUCCUAAAAUUUAGACUUGAAUCCACACCUUCCUUCGUGGUUUCCAAAUAAACAAUUUUACGCUACAGUAAAUGUUCAGUUUUUGACCUCUAAAAAACUGAAAUUCAUUGGCCGAGGUGUGAUUGAAUCUGAAUCAGAAGUGUAAAUUCUGUAGCAGGCAAGAGGAAUUGAACCUGGGUCUCAUAAACAGUAGCCUACCACUUUACCAUGUUUGGUCAAACCAUCUUUAGUUUAAUUUUGAAUUCAGAACACUUCUGAGCAAUCGGGUGCAUUUUCGAAGUUUGUAGAUCUACCCUGAUUCUCACGAUCUCCCAUUCUUCCUUGGAUUUCUCCGCUGAUUUAUUUCACGCUUUUCUCAAUCGCAUCAAUCAUUUUAGUAGUUUAUUGUUUCGUGUCAUGUGACACGAAACAAAAACAACAUGACAGGAAAGAAGAAGUUCCCUCAACCAGUUUUUGUAUUCAUCAAACAUUCCAUUGCAUUUAGAAGAAGCCCUCCAAAAAAAUUUGGGCAAAAGUCCGUUCCACUGCUUUACACACACACGAGAAUUGUUAAAAUAUUUCGAAUUUCGAUCGCCCUCGUUUUUUUCUUGUUCUCUGGAAUCGAACAACUGUCUCUGUCUUGUCUUGCUUCCUCCAAAUGAGAUGAGUAGUUUAAACAAGUGUGUGUACCGGAAGUUGGUCUAUUUUUAGCAGAAGGUUGUUUUUGAUAACUAUUUUGAGAAAAUUGAAGAAAAAUCAUAGACUAUAGUAAGAAAUCAGACAUCUGAUUGGAAAAAUUUCAAAAAAAGAUGAGAAAUAGACAAAGUUCAAAACGAUCUUCUUCCCGCGCGCGACCAAGAAGAACAUAUGAAUGUUUGUACGUCUGCGUCUUGUGAUCUCUCGCUUCCGCCGCGCACUUUUUCUGAUUUCUCAUUGAUAUUUUCAUUAUUAUUACUAUUCGCUUUUGUGUCUUCUUAUCAAAUGUUAUUCGCUUGUCAUAUUUGUCGUCAUACUUCGGCCAACUCUGCCACAUCACCAUCAUACCAAAAAGUAGGGGCUUUUACCUCGCUCGGGUAAUUUUGACUUGUUCACUUUUUCUUGAUGUUAUUGAUAAAAUGAUAGGGAGGAAUUGGAAGAAAACCGGAAUCGGAACAGGGAAAAAAUGGGAGGAGACAAUAAUAGGUUAGAUUGAGAAAAGAAGAAGAAGACGGAAGAAAGUAACAAAAAAGAUUUUGAUAUUUUUUCAAAUCGAGAUGAGUUCGUCUGGUUCUUCCAGAACUUCUUGUUUUCCUCUCCAGGUUUGUGUGUAGUUUGAUUGUUUUUCGAGAAGCUUGAACUUGAACUUUUUGUCCAGAAAUAAUUAGCAUAUUUUUGAAUUUGUUAUUUUUAAUUGCGAAGUUUAGUUUUCCGGUAAUUAAAAAAUUGAAUCGAAUGAAAUUUGAAAUAGGAAAAAAUGUUGAAAUUUUAGAAAAAAUAAGGAAAAUUCAAGUGAUUUAUGUGUUUUUGAUGUUUUUGCUGGGGCAGACUAGAAGUCAUAUGUUUUUGUAGAAAAAAAAUCAUACUUUGAUCAUGAGAUUUGGUGACAAUGUAGUUUUGGCAGCAAGAAUAUAGUUAUGACGUGGCGAAUUUUCUUGGGAACAAGGUUGUCAAAAGAUCAAAAUACUACUGUAUAUUUGGUUUUCUCUUCCACGGCUCAACAAUAUUUAGGCGUUCUUUCAACUGCCAAAAUUACAUUGUGAAAAGUAUUUGAUUUCAAACGAAAAUUGACAAGGUCAAACACAAUCUAACCCGUUUCUCUUUCUUUCAGCAAUUCUUCGAAUCGAUCAAUCCAAAAAGCGAUUUCCGCACCGAAGAGCAUUUGGAAAACUAUCUCUACCAAAAAUCGCUCGAAAUUCAACCGAAAGGCGUCGAUCCGCCAACCAGCGAUGCUGUCAAACCAAAACACACUGGAAACACUCUCCGCUCGCCGGGCGUAAAAGCACCAAAAACUGGCAAUCACUAUUCGCCAGGACAUCAUAAUGUUCAUUCGCAAUCGAGUACUGUAACAAGUACACCUGUACUUUUUCAUGAGACUAAAAGGUUGGUUUUGUUGUUGUGUGAUUCUGAAAAUUGUUCUAAAAUUCUAAAUUUUUCAGAAGUUUUUCGCAUACACCAAAUGAUGAACAAUUUUCGGAGCGCAAAACUUUGCAAAGAAUCGGUACGUUUUCACUAAUUUGAUAAGAAUCUGAAAAUUUUUUUAUUUGGUUGAGUCAUUUUUUUCUGCAACAGUUGUCUUUUGACCCGCCCGCCUAGCGUUAGCAAAAGUUCAUUUUCGCUCCCCAAAUGCUAGCCGCUCUGAAUGAUGAGAUUUAUUCCAAAACUUUUAGAUUUUUUAGAAAAGGUAUGAUAAAAAACACCGGAAAUUGAUGAUUUUCCAUCUGAAAAAUCGAAUUUACUAAGUAUCUUUUGUCAACAAAAGAAAUUGUGAACUUUUUCGUUGUUUUCUUUUACAAACAAAAUUCGUCAUUUGACCGAAAGCACGCCCUUUUUAUAUUCACCGAAAAUGGCUUCUCCUGUAUAUAUAAAUGUUGUGAUUUUUGUAUAUAGUAAUGUGUUUAGCACCCCUUCAACCACCGCCACUUUUGCCAAGAUCUCGUGCUCCACCACCAUUGAAUUCUUUGCCACCAACCACAAUUGCGCCAAUGGUCCCAACACCGAAAAGUUCGGGAAUUAUGACAAGUCCAUCGUCGACACCAUCUUCUUCGUCUUCUUCAUCGCAAGCUCCGAAGCUUCACCCGAGAAGAAUUGCGCCAAGAUCGCCGUUGGUGAAAUCGCCAUUGACACCGUCGAGAGGUUAGUUUUCAAUACUUAUAUAUAUAUAUUAUUUGAAUGCAAUGUUGUAUGGUGAACCUUUCUCUAUUCUUCUUCUUCAAUUUCAGAACACAAUUCAUCACAUUUCCAAUUUCCUGAUUGUGCUGCUCCACCUCUGCCACCAAGACCUUCAACAUCUUCCGAAUCACCGCAAUUCAAAGAGAAUAGUGAUCAAUUGGCAAUCUUCGAACGUGAAGAUUCCGCAAGAUCACCGACAGUGCGACUAUCGGUUCCUCUUCCGCCGGCCCUUCCACCGCCACGUGGCACAUCGACACUUCAAAGACCGCCGCCCCCACUUCCGCCAAAAGCAUUGUAAGUGUUGUGAUUGUGUUUGGUUGAGAGCUUCUUUUUUAUUUUCCGGAGAUUGCUGAAAAAUCUGUAACUUGAGGGCAGAAUUCACAAUUAUCUGAAAUUUCCUGAAUUUUUUUCAAAUAAUUCUAGUCACUUUUCACAAGGGUUUAGGCUUAAAAUUCCUGAAUUUCCGAAAAUAUCUCCCCAAAAAUUCCCUAAUUUUUUUCAGCCGAUCCUCCAACAACUCAAGUCCGCCACUAAAUCAAUCACCAUCAGCGGAUCCGAAAUCCCCGUCACUAUUCGUAAAUCUUCCACCAUCCGGAAGUACGCCCCCGCCAUUACCACCAAAAACCUAUAAACCAUCUCGAAAUUCAUCAUAA